AUGGCUUCAUGGGCGAUCGUGCCAGAUGUUCCAGUCGACAUGCUGGUGGAGACAGUAAGAAACUUCCUUGGAAGCGGCGGAGUGAAAAGAAAACCUGGAUCAGGGAGACCGGAAACUGCUACUAGUGAUGCAAAUAAGUUAAAUGUGCUUUUACAACUCGAAGAAAACUCUAGGACAAGUACCACACAAUUACCCCUUAAUUCGCGAAUAAGUCUGAAAUCGGUCAGAAAUACCUUGGCCUGUGAAAAACUCAAACCCUACAAAAUAAUUAACCUCCACCAACAGCAAGAAGAUGAUCCAGACCGUCGAGAUCAGUGUGCAGAAACUAUGAUGGAAAUGAUAAACAGCAACCCCAAUUUCCACAAAAAUUUUUGUUCAGCGAUGAAGCCACCUUCUGAUUAA